AUCACAUCCUGGCGGUUAAUACAAUGUUACCAGCGUAACUCUCUACUACGAUAGUCUAAGAACUAAUAUAAUAGCAUUUCAAUGUGUCCGACAUAGAACAAAAUCAAAGCCAUACUUCUCGAAACAUCAUACGUAAAACCUCUACCUUUAUCACCGCAGCCUGCCUAACUCCUUCAAUAUCACAUUCUUGGCUUUGUUAUUGCCUUCAUCAUGUCGUACACUGUGUACCUAAGGGAAAAUAUUGGCGCAGCGCGAAACCACCACGUCAUCUUCGUCCAAACGGAGUCAGACGGAGCCGGAUACGUCUUCCAGGUUACCGGGAACAUCCAACAAGGAAUGGCAUUCGACCACAAGUGGGCCAAAAAAUUUGAAGAAUCAGAGACAUGUAUUGGCCAGCAGGAAAUUGGUACGGUUACCGAAGCCAAUUUUGAUAGAAUUCAGUCUAUAGUCGAGACACUCCCACCUCCACCGAAACAAUUCAAUGGACCGACGCGCAUCGAUCCAAGUAUACCACUCCGACGCUGCCAGGAAUGGACUGCUGAUGCGAUUCAACUGUUGAGAGAUGCAGGCGUCUUGGAGAGUUAGGUUGCUUAAUGACGGGUGGUAGCGAUGGGCCUCAAUUUCUGGAUAAAUAGUUACGCGCCGCAUAUCAUGUGUAUGGACUUAUUCGAAU